AUGGCUGGCCGACGGAGACCCCUCACAUAUGCCCCGCUCAACGACGAGAAUGACGACUACAGCGAUGUUCCCCCUCCGCGCUCCUCCGUCAUGCGCUAUGCGCUAUCCGACGGCCCCCUGCCCUCUCUGGACUCCAGCUUUGACUAUGACAAGAUUGACGCUGCGGUCAGCAACGUGCAGCAGCGCUUCUCCACUAUGCGGACAUCUCCCGUUCGUCACCCCUCUUUGCCGCCUGUCCCUGAGGUAUCGGAGGAAGGUUCCUUAGCGGGAGACCGUGCGUCUCUGUCCAGGAGUAGCACAUCGUCUGGUGUGACCAUCGUCGGCCAAAGACAACUACCGCAAAUUGAAUACGGUCCUCUUCCCACGAUCAACUCCGGGGAACCUCUGGAGUGGGAGGGCAUGUACGACGAAGCCCCAGAGGAGGAUCCCUUUGCCGAUUCUCAUGCACCGGUAUACCACCAACCCGCCCCUCAUCCUCCCGCGCUCCAUCCGCCUGCACUCGUCGCCCAGAACACGUCUCGGUCGAGUCUUUACGACCCAAAUCCUCCAUAUUUCACUCAGGAACGCAACUCCUGGGCCGCACCAUCCCGGCCUGUGUCUGCAUACAGCGCGGUCACUUCUAACCCGACAGGAUGGACAUACCCCUCUCAAGAGCGUCCAACGUCUGGUGUGUAUGCUUCGGAGACCGACAUCGAUCACUUCAGACACGAUACGGAGGCGUUCGCGUCCGGGCUGGCCUCACGUCAGUCGUAUCGCCCACCACGCUCGCGCUCGCCGACUCCAGCUGUCGAUGACGAAGACUACCAGAUUGACGGGGACGGCAGCGUGCACUACACGGGGUACACCCCGUCCCCGCAGCGUCGCCCGCUCUCGCAAGUGUCCACCAACGAGCGUCCUGGGCUAGACCAGUCACCGUCCUUCGCCCGCCUACGCGCUCAGUCGGAGCCCGCCGACCCGGAGAAAGCAUCCUUGACCACCUCCUCGUCACUCGUCGAGCCCGAAACCCCGCUGAACACGAGGCAUUUCGGACCCGCGCCGUCCGGACGCAUCCUGCGGCGGCACAAGACAAAGAAGCGGGUGCAGCUCACGAACGGAAACCUCGUGCUCGACCUCACUGUGCCGCCGAAGCUCGUGCUCCCGCGCCGCGGCGAGCCGGAGACGAUGAAGACGCGGUACACGGCGGUGACGUGCGACCCGGACGAGUUCGAGAAGCGCGGGUUCUUCCUCCGCCAGAACGAGUCGCGGCGCACGACGGAGCUUUUUAUUGUUAUUACUAUGUUUAACGAGGACGAGAUCCUUUUCUGUCGGACGAUGUACGGCGUGAUGCGCAACAUUGCGCACCUGUGCUCGCGCAAGAACUCACGCACAUGGGGACAGGACGCGUGGAAAAAGGUGGUGGUAUGCAUCGUCGCCGACGGACGGAAGAAAGUGCACCCACGCGUACUGGAUUGCCUGACGCUGCUCGGCGUGUACCAGCCGGGCGACCACAUGAAGAACAUGGUGAACAACAAGCCGGUCACGGCGCAUCUGUUCGAGUACACGACGACGUUUGGGCUCGACGAGAACUUGCACUUCAAGUACCCUGACAAGGGCAUCGUGCCGACCCAGAUCAUCUUCUGCAUGAAGGAGAAGAACCAGAAGAAGAUCAACUCGCACAGGUGGUUCUUCAACGCGUUUGGCCGGCUGCUUCUGCCGAACGUAUGUGUGCUCUUGGAUGUCGGGACUCGCCCGGAGAGCAAGAGCAUAUAUCACCUCUGGAAGGCGUUCGACGUGAACUCGAACGUCGCUGGCGCGUGUGGCGAGAUCGCUGCCUACAAAGGCAAACGCUGGCGCGGCCUCCUGAAUCCGCUCGUUGCCGCGCAGAACUUCGAGUACAAGAUCACGAACAUCCUCGACAAGCCUACGGAGAGCCUUUUCGGAUACAUCAGCGUAUUGCCGGGUGCAUUCUCGGCGUACAGGUACAUAGCGUUGCAAAAUGACCAGUACGGAUCGGGCCCCCUCGCGUCCUACUUCAAAGGCGAGGUUUUGCAUGGAAGGGAUACAGACAUCUUCACGUCGAAUAUGUACCUCGCAGAGGAUCGUAUCCUGUGCUUCGAGCUUGUAGCGAAAGCGAACUCCAACUGGGUACUGAAGUAUGUCAAGAGCGCGAUCGCGGAGACCGACGUGCCCGAGGCGCUCCCGGAGUUCAUCAGCCAGCGCCGCCGCUGGCUGAACGGCUCGUUCUUCGCCGCUACUUAUGCGAUUGCGCAUUUGGGUCAGAUCUUGCGCUCGGGCCACAGCGUGGGGCGGAAGAGCAUGCUUGUCGUCGAGACGAUAUAUAACGUCAUCAACUUGAUUGCCUCUUGGUUUGCAGUGGGAAAUUUCUAUCUGUUCUUUGUCAUCUUGACGUCCUCGCUGGAAAGCGACUCAUUUAACAUGCCCGGUAUCAAAUACUUCAACGCGGUCCUGCAGUUCCUGAUGGGUGGUCUCGUUAUCGCCUGCUUCCUCUUCUCUAUGGGCAACAAGCCCAAAGCGGCGAAGUGGAAGUACAAGAUAUGCACGAUCGUGUUCGCGGUCCUGAUGGCCUACGUGAUCUUCUGCGCGAUAGAAUGUGCGAUCCAGGCGUCGUACCAGGGUGGCCCCGCGUACCGCAUCAUGCUCUUCAGCAUCAUCAUGACCUACGGAGUGUAUGCGGUCUCGAGCGUGCUGUCGUUCGACCCAUGGCACAUGCUCACGAGCUUUAUCCCGUAUAUGCUCCUGUCCCCGACAUAUGUAAACAUCCUCCAGAUCUACGCCUUCGCCAACCUCGACGACAUCUCAUGGGGCACGAAGCAGGACAGCGAGGUCAACACGGACCUCGGCGCGGUCAUCCAGAACAGCAACUCGCAGGUCGACCUCGAGGUGCCGACGGACGCGGCGGACGUGAACAGCAUCUACGAGGAGGCGCUCGAGAACCUCAAGAACCGCAAGCCGCUCCUGAAGGCGACCGCGGGCGGCCCCAGCAUCGCCGAGAAGGAGCAGCUCGCGAAGGACUACUACGCGAACGUGCGCACGAACGUCCUGCUCGCGUGGGUGCUCUCGAACGGGCUGCUGCUCGUCGCGAUCCUGGGCGGUGGCGACGCGUCGAACACGUUCUCGGACAGCGGGAAUGACACGUUCAGCCGGACGAAGACGUACAUGUCCUUCAUCCUCGCGUUCGUGGCCAUCACCAGCAUUAUCCGCUUCUCCGGCUCGACGUUCUAUCUCAUCAUACGGGUGUUCACCGGAUGAGCCCUAUUGACUCUGCCGGCCCACAUCUUGGACUGAUUGACAUGUAUGAUUCCCAUGUAUCACAUCGACUUAGUAUGUCUCUAUGCCCCCCCUCCCCUCUACGGACUGCAGUACGCCUUCUGCUCGGACAUUGUACAGUGUACAUAUAUGAAUACAUACGCAUCGCUAUGACUGUCUCGUUCAGCGAUAUCGAACACGUAAACGUAGCUAUUGGAAACCCGGUAACGCACGCCCACCGUUCACGAGUAGAGGUAGUCGUAGAACGACUUGCGUCCGAACGCCUCGCGCACGGGCUCGGCUCCGCGACGCGCCCUCCUCGGUGUGCGCCUCGCGGGAGAGCGCGACGGCGACGACGCCGCCCUGCGCUGCCGGUCCAGCAGCCGCGAGCGCAGCGCCUCCGGCCCCUGCCGCCUCCGCAAGUCCGCGCUGAACGUCCUGUCCGCGUCUCCGUCCGCGUCGCUGAGGUCGAGCGCGGCGACGCCGCGUUCCAGGCGCUCCUCGUCCCCGUCCGGCGCAGACAUAUCGCCGUCGACGUCCGAGCCGCCGAUGACGGACCACCCGUCGUCGAGCGCCGCCAUCGAGGGCACCGAGGACCCCGCGUACCGUGCGCCCACUGCCGGGGAGGGCGGGGCCGAGCCGUCGGAGAGCUCGACGAUGGCGCCGAGUCCGCGCGCGGGGCCGCGCGCCGCCGGGCCCUCUGCGUCGGAGAAGUCGCGGUCGGAGACGGGCUCGGACUCGGUGUCGAAAUCGUGCGCGGAAAGCUCGGAGAGGUCAGAGAGGUCCGUCACGGGCGGGGUAUCUAGGGCGGACAUCGCAAGGCGGUUCGGGCGGGUGACGUUGGGGCGGAGGAGGUAGGUGAGACGUUGUCCGGAGGUGUCCUUGCUGAAGCUGACCACGUCGUGGUAGCGCGCGCAGCAGUGCACGACGUAGCGCGUGAACGCGUCGUCGGCGAUGCUCCAGACGAGCUGGAGCGGGGUGCGCGAUACCUCCGCGAUAGUGCCCGAGGUACCGAUAGGCACGCCUGUGGCUGCGAAGGAGGCCGCGUCGUCGGGCGCGAGCAUGACACCGCCCUCUAGCCAGGUGAUGAUCUCGUCCUCGACCUCCUUGAUGAGUAUCUCCGUGCUCGGGCCAGACUUGCGGAGCUCGCGGCGCAUGCCUUUGAGGCUGAGCGAGAAGCGGCCGGCAUUGGCGGAAGACGGCUCGGUAGUAGCUGGGGGGACGGGCGGCACGACGCUGUUGCGGGCAAGAUAGUUGGGCAGGGGCUGGGGGAAGGUCGCACGGCUGUUGGGCAGGGGCACCGAGUAGUCCUUCCUGGACGGAGUGACGAUAUGCGCGUUGCCCACAAAGCGGGCGUUCUCCUUGCGGCGAAUCCAACGCUUGCCCUCUUUCUCGUCCCGCUUGUUGCGUCGGGCAGCGGCAGAGAGGGGAGGAGCGGCCUUCUCUGUGGACGAGAUGCGAAGGUGGGCAAACCGGUCGGAUAAGCCUGGGUUGCGCAAGAUAGCUGGGAAGGACAUCGGGAGAGGCCCGUCAUCCCUGGGGGAGGUCGAUGUCGUCUGCUUGGCUGACUGCAUGGCGACGAUAGCGGCGUCCGGGAUAUGAGAGAGUGC